AUGUCUAAAAAAUUAAAAUUAAGACCAAAAGUAUCAUGUUAUUAUAAAAAAUGUGAUGAUAAAGUAAAAGAUAAUCCAAUGCUUGAUGAUACUUAUGAAGAUAAUACUCGUAAAGCUGAUUAUGAAGAUGAUAUUUAUGAAGAUGACAUUUGUGACAAUGAUAUUAUAAUGAUCGAUGAUAAUAACAAUUAUCAAUAUGAAGAAUUUUCUAUCAGAAAACCGAUUAGUAACGAAGAAUCUGAGCAAUAUAUUAACUCAUCUAGUGAUGAUGAUGAAGAGUCUCAUAACUUAAAUAAUGAUGAAUCAAUCGAUGACAAUGAACUAGAUUUAGAUAAUUAUGAUGAUGACUUUUUUACAGCUCUAAGCUCCAUUGAACUUAAUUACGAUUCAGAUCAGGAAAUCUCUGAAACUAUGAAUAAAGAAAUAUGA